AAAUUGGAUUUUGUCAUCAUCCGUCCCUUUGACCCUGAUCUGUCAAUCUGAUUUAGUCAGUCAAAUUGGAAAUGCUGGUUUUUUGAUCAAUCUUUUGGAUUCUCAAACAUCAAGAAAUCAGUCAAGUAGAAGUUCCUUAGUGUUUUUGCCUCGUGCCUCGCCUUGUUGUUGACUCCACAACAACAAUAGAUAAUACCUCCUUACUUUGUUAAUUCUCAUCUCUCAUUUCAUUUAGGUGUUGGCACUGGAUUUAACAGUGAAGGAUGACCUUGCAGGUGCAUUGGGUACCAUUAAUGUUGGUCGACUUUGAAGAACAUGAACUCAACCUUGACCUUUAAAGAAUACCAGCAAUGAAAAAUUUACGAGCAGUUAUUUUGCGCUGGUAUUUGAAUUAAUUAUUUGAUUUCCUCUCCUUCCAUUCAGACGUGUAAGAGCUUCCUGUCGUGUUGGCUUGAUCGGUUGAUUUACUUCCUCGAGGAGUCCCUGCCAGGGACUCCUGUCUGGUGACUGGGGAUUGGCAGGCACGCAGUUCGACUACAACUGAAGGUAUCAUUUUCCCAGGCAUUUUUCACGAAACGGAAAGCGUGUCACAUGCACCUAAAUAAAAAGGGGAUUCCAUGACGUGCGAUAAUAGGUGGCGCCGACCGAACCUGUCACUCCAAACAGGUCAAGUAGCCGUUUUGACCAGGAAGAAAAAAGAAAAGAUAUCAUCAGGUGGCCGUGUCAAAUACCUACGCCAGCGUUGAUGGAUGUUUGUUUCUUCCCACGAGUGUAUAGUCAAUAGGCAACGGGAGUGAGGUGACUGGCUUCUCAAUUCUCGUUCAGACGACAAAGAAUUUGUGCCUGCGUUUAGCCCCGCCUACAGAUUUCACGAGGCGCCGCCCAGAACGAGAACCGAGAAAAUUAAGAGUUGCGUUAUUCUCCACCUGACCUGACGCCGGACCAGUUGACUCAGCCGAGUGCAACGCAAAGCAACCGUCAUGGUCGCUUCUUCAUUUUACUGCGUUUUGGCCGUCUUUGCGGUAAUCGCGAUGGCCUUGCCCACCGACGACCAGGGGAAAGAACACGGGACGGCCGAAAACGAUCACGGAUGGUACGCUCCUAUUGCCAUGAUACUGAAGCCGAUAUCCAAAGACAAAGUUGAAAGCAAACGCAAUGUCAUCCGACCGAGGGUGUCCGGCUACGGGUCUCAUCCCUACUGGCUAGAUGGCAGUCCGUUGCAGCAUCCAGCGCUUCCGUGGUAUCCUUACGGCAUCCAGAGAAGACAUCUGGCGGAUUUUUUGGGCAACUGGCCUGAAUCUUACGACGAUUCCCAUGAAAGCCAAUGGACGAGGAUGAUGUGGUCCUUGAAGAAAAGGGGAUCGGUUUAUUUGCCAAAGAAAUCCAUCAGCAAUAUCGAUCCUGAAUCCUUUCCAAGUAGUCGGAGCUUGGCAGGUGCUGGGAUUGCCGAGUCGAGAAAUCCGCAAGCGACGCUUCCUAAUCCUCCUGCACCAAUAAUUGUCGACAAGACGAAAAAUAAACAAGGCACUUUUCCUUGGUUGGUCAAUCUGGCUGGACCACCUGGAAUUCCAGGUAUAGAUGGGAUGGAUGGUGUUGAUGGAAGAGAUGGUAAGGACGGCAAAGACGGAGCUCAAGGGCCUGCCGGCCCUCCAGGAACUAAAGGAGAUAUUGGUUUGUCAGGGAAAGAUGGGCGCGAUGGACCUGCAGGGCCACCUGGAGUCAUGGGACCUAUCGGGCCGCCUGGUUUGCAAGGCAUCCAAGGAUUAAGCGGGCCAAUUGGGCCCCCUGGAUCACCUGGGGAAAAGGGGGCGGAUGGAAAGGAUGGGCGUGAUGGAGCCAAUGGAAUGGACGGCAAGGAUGGCACUAAUGGAGCUCCAGGUCCAACUGGACCUCCUGGAACAAAUGGAAAAGAUGGACAGGAUGGACAAGAUGGCCAACCAGGAGUGGCUGGACCUUCAGGUCCACCUGGUACUGAUGGCAAGGACGGCAAGGAUGGUGUAGACGGAAAAGGUGGCAAAGAUGGACAACCCGGAUUGCCUGGGCCCCCUGGCACUCCAGGGCAAGAUGGCAAGGAUGGUACUCCUGGACAGUACGGGAAACCUGGAAAAUACGGUGCAGAUGGCCAAGACGGGCAAAGUGGCACUCCUGGCCCGGUUGGUCCUGGAGGAACACCUGGAACUGGCGGAACACCAGGUCAAACUGGAACAGGUGGCAUUCCUGGUCUUCCUGGAGUGGCCGGAGACGGUGGCAUUCCUGGAAGUGCUGGAACACCGGGCACGCCAGGGGAUGCAGGCCUUCCUGGCGCAACUGGAACGGCUGGUGCUGCGGGAACGGCUGGAGUUCCCGGUGCAGCAGGUGCUGGAGGCACUCCAGGAUCUCCAGGCUCUCCGGGAGCUCCAGGUGCACCAGCUGGUCGUUAAUCUCCCGUCUAUUUUUAGAAGCAGUUAUAUUUCGUGUGAAUAUUUAUUCGAUAUUUCGUUAUUUUUGAAAAUGUCACCAUCCUUUUGAAUACAUUCGAAAUUGAAUCUAGCAAUCGUGAUGCAAUCAAUAUAAUGCUAUAUGUCUUC